GUAAACGUCAUUGUUGCAAGAUAACCACCACAUCAUAUCCGCAGUUCAUCAACAUUGAAUACACAUCUACACAAAGUACUGCAAACACGUUAAUAUGGAUGGAAAAGCAAGUGACCCCUUUAGCAGUGAGGCAGAACAGCUUCCUGGGACAGGAGUAGUGGGGAGGCUUUGGCUGCCCAAAGGUCUGUCUGGUAGUGUAAUUAAGGAUUGGGUUGACCGCAGACGGAAGUCCAUCCGUCCAUGGGCCAGCUUUGUAGACCAGCGCAAGUUCUCCAAACCUCGGAAUUUUGGGGAGCUGUGUCAGCGUGUGGUGAAGAACCUGAACACCUAUCACAGCAACUACACCUUCAUCUUCCUGGGACUCAUCCUCUACUGCAUUAUCAGUUCCCCAAUGCUCUUCAUUGCUUUGGGAGUGUUUGCUGGUGCCUUCUAUAUAAUCCACUUGAAAACACUGGAAAAGAAGCUGGUUGUUUUUGGUCGUGAAAUGACUCAGGGACACCAGUUAGGUUUAGCAGGAGGGGUUUCCUUCCCUGUGUUCUGGCUCGCAGGGGCAGGAUCUGCUGUGUUCUGGGUACUAGGUGCUACACUUGCUGUUAUCGGGUCUCAUGCAGCCUUUCGUGAGAUGGAGUCGUCUGACGUGGAUGAGCUGCUCAUGGAAUCUGUUUAACCCUCUCACCUUUGACCUUUUUGUUCAUGUUAACCGAAAAUGUCUUGCCUCAUCAUUUACAUGGCCACAUAUUGGUCGUACUAAUUUGAUAGUUUCUCACAGAUUGGCCAGCAAAGAAGUAAAGACUGUUAAACUGGCUUCACCCGAGAUGGAUCAAGCACAUUAAAAGACCUCAAAUGCCUUUACUGGUACCUAUUGGAUAUCAUGAUCAUUUGUUACAUUAUUUCCAAAAUAUCCUCAAAGCACAAACUAAAUGCACUGUGACCCAAAGCUAAAAAAAAUAAAUAAAUAAAUUUCAAGCUAUACUGUCCUUCAUGAACAGUUCACCCAAACCUGAUGCUAGCUAAUGUUAUGCUAGCUCAUCCAGAAUAAUGGGG